CAAGAUGAAGCUCCACUGGCUGCUUUUGGCAGUUAUCUGCAUUGUGAACUACAGCCUCACCACCGGCAGCAGCCCCACAACCGAGUCCAGCACCAGCACCACCACCACCACCGCCUCCUCCACCUCCAGCUCCGACAGCAGCUCCACGUCCACGAGCUCCUCGACCUCCUCGACGGCCUCCUCCUCCUCUUCUACCAGCGAGACGGCCACCAGCAGCAGCGAUACGGCCACCACAGCCACCGCCUCCAAGACCAGCUCCGCCACCACCUCGACCACCAACAAGAAGUCCGCCGCCGCCAAGAAGAAGGCCCGCGCCGCCCGGAGGCGCCGUGCCGCCCGCCGGAAGCGUCGUGCCGCCGCCAAGAGGCGGGCCGCCGCCGCCAAGCGCAGGCGCAACAGGGGCUAA